GUGUGGGGGGGUGGCGGGGGAGCGCCGAGAGGCGAGGAGGGCAGCCCGCCUAGCUGUCCGCUUUGCGCCGCCGGCCCACGCCGCAGUGUGUUUUGUGGACGGCGCCUUCCCGGACAGCCCUGUAGAGUCCAGCUGAGUGCCCGGCAGCCUUCGACGCGAUGUUCCGUCAGAGCUUUAACCGUUUUUGUGCUGGAGAGGAAAAACGAGUUGGUACACGCACAGUGUUUGUUGGCAAUCAUCCAGUUUCAGAAACAGAAGCUUACAUUGCACAAAGAUUUUGUGAUAAUAGAAUAGUCUCAUCUAAGUAUACACUUUGGAAUUUCCUCCCAAAGAACCUGUUUGAACAGUUUAGAAGGAUUGCAAAUUUUUAUUUUCUCAUCAUUUUCCUUGUACAGGUCACAGUAGACACACCAACUAGCCCAGUUACCAGUGGACUUCCACUUUUCUUUGUUAUAACUGUUACAGCCAUCAAGCAGGGAUAUGAGGAUUGGCUGAGACACAGAGCUGACAAUGAAGUCAACAAGAGCACUGUUUACAUUAUUGAAAAUGCAAAGCGAGUGCAAAAAGAAAGUGAAAAAAUUAAGGUUGGUGAUGUAGUAGAAGUUAGUGCAGAUGAAACCUUUCCCUGCGAUCUUAUUCUUCUAUCAUCCUGUACCACUGAUGGAACCUGUUAUGUCACUACAGCUAGUCUUGAUGGGGAAUCUAAUUGUAAGACACAUUAUGCCGUGCGGGAUACCAUUGCAAUGUGUACAGCCGAGUCCAUUGAUAGCCUCCGAGCAGCAAUUGAAUGUGAACAGCCUCAACCUGACCUGUACAAGUUUGUUGGGCGAAUCAAUAUCUGUAGUAAUAGUCUUGAGGCUGUUGCCAGGUCUUUGGGACCUGAAAAUCUCUUGCUGAAAGGAGCUACACUAAAAAAUACCAAGAAGAUAUAUGGAGUUGCUGUUUACACUGGGAUGGAAACCAAAAUGGCUUUGAACUACCAAGGGAAAUCUCAAAAACGUUCUGCUGUUGAAAAAUCUAUUAAUGCCUUCUUGAUGGUUUAUUUAUUUAUCUUAUUGACCAAAGCUGCAGUAUGCACUACUCUAAAGUAUGUAUGGCAGAGUACCCCAUAUAAUGAUGAACCUUGGUAUAACCAAAAGACUCAGAAAGAACGGGAGACUUUAAAGGUUCUGAAAAUGUUCACCGACUUCCUAUCAUUUAUGGUCCUAUUCAACUUUAUCAUCCCUGUCUCCAUGUAUGUCACAGUAGAAAUGCAGAAAUUCUUGGGCUCCUUCUUCAUUUCAUGGGAUAAAGACUUUUAUGAUGAAGAAAUUAACGAAGGAGCCUUGGUUAACACAUCAGACCUUAAUGAAGAACUUGGUCAGGUGGAUUAUGUAUUUACAGAUAAGACUGGAACACUUACUGAAAAUAGCAUGGAAUUCAUUGAAUGCUGCAUAGAUGGGCACAAAUAUAAAGGUGUAACUCAGGAAGUUGAUGGAUUAUCUCAGACUGAUGGACCUUUAACAUAUUUUGACAAAGCAGAUAAGAAUCGAGAAGAACUCUUUCUGCGUGCCUUGUGUUUAUGUCAUACUGUAGAAAUUAAAACAAAUGAUACUGUUGAUGGAGCUACAGAAUCAGCUGAAUUAACCUAUAUCUCCUCCUCACCAGAUGAAAUAGCUUUGGUGAAAGGAGCUAAAAAGUACGGGUUCACAUUUUUAGGAAAUCGGAAUGGACAUAUGAUACUAGAGAACCAAAGAAAAGAAAUAGAAGAGUAUGAACUUCUUCACACCUUAAACUUUGAUUCCAUCCGCCGACGUAUGAGUGUAAUUGUGAAGACUCAAGGAGGAGACAUCCUUCUUUUUUGUAAAGGAGCAGAUUCAGCAGUUUUUCCCAGGGUGCAAAACCAUGAAAUUGAGUUAACUAAAGCCCAUGUGGAACGUAAUGCAAUGGAUGGGUACCGGACACUCUGUGUAGCCUUCAAAGAAAUUACUCCAGAUGAUUAUGAAAUAAUUAACAGACAGCUCAUAGAGGCAAAAAUGGCCUUACAAGACAGAGAAGAAAAAAUGGAAAAGGUUUUUGAUGAUAUUGAGACAAACAUGAAUUUAAUUGGAGCCACUGCAGUGGAAGACAAGCUACAAGAUCAAGCUGCAGAGACCAUUGAAGCUCUGCAUGCAGCUGGCCUGAAAGUCUGGGUGCUUACUGGUGACAAGAUGGAGACAGCCAAAUCCACAUGCUAUGCCUGCCGUCUUUUCCAAACUGGCACUGAACUCUUAGAACUCACCACAAAAACUAUUGAAGAAAGUGAAAGGAAAGAAGAUCGAUUACAUGAAUUGUUGAUAGAAUAUCGGAAGAAGUUGCUGCAUGAAUUUCCUAAAAGUACUAGAAGCCUUAAAAAAGCAUGGACAGAACAUCAAGAAUAUGGAUUAAUCAUCGAUGGCUCCACAUUGUCACUCAUACUAAAUUCUAGUCAGGACUCUAGUUCAAAUAAUUACAAAAGCAUUUUCCUACAAAUUUGUAUGAAGUGCACUGCAGUGCUUUGCUGCCGGAUGGCACCAUUACAGAAAGCCCAGAUUGUCAGAAUGGUGAAGAAUUUAAAAGGCAGCCCAAUAACACUGUCAAUUGGUGAUGGUGCCAAUGAUGUUAGCAUGAUCUUGGAAUCCCAUGUGGGAAUAGGUAUUAAAGGCAAAGAAGGCCGCCAAGCAGCCCGGAACAGUGAUUAUUCUGUACCCAAGUUUAAACAUUUAAAGAAACUAUUAUUGGCUCACGGACAUCUAUACUAUGUGAGAAUAGCACAUCUUGUACAGUAUUUCUUCUAUAAGAACCUUUGUUUCAUUUUGCCACAGUUUUUGUACCAGUUCUUCUGUGGAUUCUCACAACAGCCACUGUAUGAUGCUACUUAUCUUACAAUGUACAAUAUCUGCUUCACAUCCCUGCCUAUUCUGGCCUACAGUCUCCUGGAACAGCACAUCAACAUUGACACUCUGACCGCAGACCCGCGAUUGUAUAUGAAAAUUUCUGGUAAUGCUAUGCUACAGUUGGUCCCCUUCUUGUAUUGGACAUUUCUGGCUGCCUUUGAAGGGACAGUGUUCUUCUUUGGGACUUACUUUCUUUUUCAGACUGCAUCCCUAGAAGAUAAUGGAAAGGUAUACGGAAACUGGACUUUUGGGACUAUUGUCUUUACAGUUUUAGUAUUCACUGUAACUCUGAAGCUCGCCUUGGAUACUCGAUUCUGGACAUGGAUAAAUCACUUUGUGAUUUGGGGUUCUUUAGCCUUUUAUGUAUUUUUCUCAUUCUUCUGGGGAGGAAUUAUUUGGCCUUUUCUCAAACAACAGAGAAUGUAUUUCGUAUUUGCUCACAUGCUAUCUUCUGUAUCCACAUGGCUGGCCAUAAUUCUUCUAAUAUUUAUCAGCCUUUUCCCUGAGAUUCUCCUGAUAGUAUUAAAGAAUGUAAAAAGAAGAAGUGCCAGGAGAAAUCUGAGCUGUAGAAGGGCAUCUGACUCAUUAUCCACCAGACCUUCAGUCAGACCUCUUCUUUUACGAACAUUCUCAGACGAAUCUAAUAUAUUGUAACAGAAUCCGAAUCUUGAACUGCCUAUGUUAUUGUCCUACAAGCAUAUUGACAGUGAUUACAGCUAAAAAAAAAAAGAAAACAUGAAGAAACCACCAAAAAAGUUAUCAUCUCAGGAUACUCGAUAUGCAACAAAAACUAAACCACUCUCUUAUGUCUUAGGGUUCAGAAUAAAUGUCCAUUAAAAUACUCUCCUAAGCAUUUACAGUUAUUAUAAUUAGCCAUUAUGGCCAAAGUUCUAAGUUAAGAAUUAUAUGAAGUUGAAAGCAAGAAUAUUUAAAAUUCUGGCUUUAGUUAGAAUAAUCUUAACUACCAAAUGGGUGCUCUUUUAACCCAUUGACUUUGUGAAUGGAUUUAAAUACAAUAGUAUAAAGUAGAAGUCAUGCAAUGGGAAUGAAUAGAUUUUACUAAAAUACAGUAUUACAUUUUUUGCUUGGCAGAAGACAUAGACUGUUUGGACCACAUUUCUCAUUCCUGCUGAAUGAUCAUCUUAAAUUAUUUUUUUUUUCAAACAAAAGGAAUACUUGAAUACUGAAGGACUAGAUGGUAUCGAUGCAUCAGAUGGGAGAGUUCAUCUUUUCUGUUCACCCACAUGCUAAUUGUGUCUUAGUAGAAUAUCUUUGCCCAAAAAUACCUUGAACACUUGUGUGGGAAGUGUUGACUCUGGUUGUUAUUGUGAGAACAGAAAAAAAAUGUUUGUUUUUGUUUUUCUGAAUUAAGUACCACUUAUGGGUGUAAGGCUACUAGACUUGAAAAUAAAGCAUAAAACAUUUCAGUCAUUUAGUAGUCCCUCAAAAUAGGGAAUAAACAGAUUUUUUCCCAUUGUUUAUUUUACUGGAAACUGAGGCAAAGUGGGUAAGAUCAUUUUUAUACAAAAAUAAAGCCAUUCUAAACAUUAGCCUUUUAUCAUUUUAUGUAAAGAGACUAGAAAGAACAACUUAUUUUAAACGGUUUUUAUUUCAAAGAGGUUGCAGUCAUGCAUAUAAUGCAGCACCUUUUUUUUUUAACUUGCCAAUUUGGGGAAGAGGAGACAUCCAUCCCAAGCUGGUUCUGCCUGUAGAGGUAUGACUCUGUGUCUCUCUCAUAGCUAAUUUGACCAGUGCAAGUGGUAUAAUUCUAAACUGUUAAAUUGAUCUUGGUUAGGGCCUCAACUUGCUGGACUUAGAAGACUUUAGGCUCCUAAUGAGUUCACUUAAAACUAAAUAUGAAAUGUCUUUAUUCAUUGGUAAAAUCAGACACAUUUUGGAUGUAAAUGGUCUCAGAUUUGACUGCUAAAUUAAAAUGAUCUUUUAAAAUAUUUUCAUAUCAAUUUCUACCUUUUUCUUUCUGGCAUGCCUGUACUAUUAUUAAUGUGUAGAUUGUACCUUGAUUUGGAAAAGUACUGGAUUCAAUCUCUACCAAUAUCUUUAUAUAGUCCAUAUGGCACAUAUAUUUUGUGUUAAUGUUUAGGUGUAGUUUUCUUCCACAUGUAUUUUGUGUUAAUGUUUAGGUGUAUUUUUUUUUUAAUUCUAGAAAGGACAUAAUUUUAAUUAUCAGAAACCAUUUCAUCAUUACUUAUCCCUUUUAUUAUUUAAUUUGUUUUCCUCUGUCAAUAUUAUUUUUGAGUAUUUUGUUAGAUGUCAUUCACAACUGCCUAAGUGUGCUGUUUUCUGGUAGCCUGUAUUUGAGGUAAUGUGCUAAAGACAAAGUCUUUAAAUUCUUUGCCUAUCCCAAAGAGCUAAAAUGUCUAACCCAGGAAAGCUUUUGAUGUUUUGUUCUUGUUAUUGUUGUUGUUCUUGUUUUUAUAGUUGUUGCUAUGUUGUUUUUCAGAAGAACUGUAGGGACUGAAUACAAAUAAGAGAGCCAAAGUAGGCUUGUAUAAUGCCAGAACCAUUAAAGAGUUGGCAUAAUUAGAAUAUUCAGCAUAGUAGAAAUAAAAUUGGUUGCAUGUAAAAUGUGUUGCUGCCAACAAGAAAGAGUAAAGGAGAUUUAGAGUCAUGUUUCAGCUACACAUUACACUGAGCACUACAGGUCAAAUUUAGAAUGGCAAUGAUAUAUAAGAUCGUGGCCUAGACCCUUGAGAAGGACCUGGCUUUUUUUUGAAAGGUAUUUUUAUUAAUGAGCUAUAAAAUGGCUAGUGUGAAGUUAACAGAUGAAAUAAUUUGGAAUAAUCCAUCUAGUAUUCCUACAAUCUGACCACCCUAUUUUGUGACAGAAGGGGAGGAAAUGUAAUAACAGAACCACAUAUUUAUAAUUUGAAUAAUCUUGAGCUAUCAAAAUGUCCUGAUCAUUUUCACAACUGUUGUACACUGUUUGAGGUUGUUGCCUAUUAAACUGAAACUAUUCAUUCCAUAUCUACCACAUAUACACCAGCAACAGUAUAAAUGUAAGCCUAAAAUUUGCAAAAUUCAUAAUCUAGUGAUGAAAUUUUUUAGUAACAGGCAGCAUAUAAAUGUUCAGAUUUUAUGCAAAUGUUGACAAAAAAUCAUUUUUCAGCUUGCAAAGUGGAACUGCAAUAUUACAUUUUUCACAUAAGCAAUUUUUUACAUCUAUGUUGCUUUCUAAAACGAAUGUGAUGCCAUCUUUUUAUCAAUGCAACUUGCCUUUUUCAUUACAGAAUUUUUCUUUGGUGUAAUCAAUAAACUUUGGUAUGAUAUGAUUGA